AUGAAAUACUUCGUUGUCCUCGCCCUGAUCGCCGUAUCCUUGACCGCCUACAUCAAGCCUGCUCCCGUCAGCGCAGAGCACGCAGAGCUCCAGGCUAUCAUCGACGCCAUCAAUAGUCCCAGCACCGACCCCGCUACCGCUACUACCCUUGCUGAAAUAUUCUACAGCUUUCUCAGGACCAGUCCCCAGCCCAUCCACAUCGGGCCGGAAAUCAUCGACUUCCCUCUCCCAGACGGUGGUGCUGUGAGCGAACCCGUAAAGCCCACUCCUUCUCCUGCCGUCGUCGGACCCGUCGCUCUCAGCCAGAGCUCUCCUCUUGUGCAGCUCAUCGUGAUAUGCUCCCGCCGCAGCCCAACAGCCGCCGGCGGAUAUGCUCCCGGACCAGUUGUUGACUCCGUUGAGAUCGUCCCUGAGCCCGUCAUUAUCGUUGAGGAAACCGAGGUUCCCGAAAUACCCGACCCCGUGAUUGUUGACCCCACGCCCGUGGUCCCCGAGCCUGUCAACCAACUCGUCGUAAUCGUCGAAAUCCGUCAUAAUCAACUUUAG